UGAGCAACAGCAAAAAGAGCUGCACUUCCUCGUUGACUGGAUACACUUGUCACACACACACACACGAACAAACAAGACUGCAUUGUUUUGAUUGCAUUUUACACUAGCCACUGUAUCUGGAAAGUAGACUACAAAAGGCUUGUGAACAUACAAUAUUGAAUAGGAUCAUUUUUCCAUAUCGAAAAGGAUUGUAAUUUACACUGUUGCUGUUUUAAGAAGCCGCCGAUCAAUUCAACAGGUAGAUUUCUGAUGUGUGACCUCAGCAUGGACCAAGUGGCCCCCCUGUCGACUUGCUACCGCUCCAGCCUCAAGCGGCAGGCAGCCUUUGACCUGUUUGAAGAUCCCAUGUCUCUGUUCUCUGGAUACUUCCUCCCCUCAGACGAUGACCAGUCUCUUCAGGAGGUGCCCUCUGGCCUCAACUGUUUCUCACACGACAUGGGCCCCUGCUCUGUUCCCCUGUUGACCCCGUGCAGUAAGGCAGUGAUGAGUCAGGCCCUGAAGGACAGUUUCAGUGGCUUCGCCAAGGUCCAACGCUGCUAUGGCAUCUCAAACAACCCUCGUAAGUGGACCAAGCAGCAUGUGAUGCAGUGGCUGCACUGGGCGGCCAGUGAGUUCAGCCUGGCCAACGUCCAUUUCUUUAAGUUUGACAUGAACGGCCAGGAGCUGUAUGACCUGGGUAAGGAGAGCUUCCUGGACCUGGCUCCAGACUUUGUGGGCGACAUUCUGUGGGAGCACCUGGACCAGAUGAUGAAAGAGUGUCAAGAGAGAGAAGAAUCCAUAAGCCUCAGCAGUGUUGUGCCCUCCGUAACUAACUGGAUGAGCUCUAGCGGCUUCAGUCUGGAGGAGACCCAGUGUGCCCUGCAGGUGCCUGACAACAGCGACAGUCUGCUGAGAGAGCUGUUUGAGACCUCAGACAAGACCGCCCUGCUGUCUCCAGAUCAGGAGUUCUCCAUGUUCUCCAAGCCCCAGCUGAGCACGGUCAACAUCAGCUACGUCAGGAGCAACCCAGGCUCAGGGCAGCUCUCCAAAGCCUUCUUGUCCCAGGACCAGAGUUUAUGUUCAUUGGAGAGUGUGGAUAGCAUCGAGGGGCCAGAGUCCAAGCUGCACUCCUGGGGCAGCCAAUCCUCCCUGGCGGACAACCAGAGGGUGCCGUCCCACGACAGCUUUGAGGAAGAGUACAACAGCAGCCCACUGAGUCUGGAGAAGCAGGGCCUGUCCUUCAAGGACUACGUCCAGGAGAGGAACGAGCCUGUGGAAUUGGGAAAGCCUGUCAUAGCUGCUGCAGUGCUGGCUGGCUUUACUGGAAGUGGUCCUAUCCAGCUGUGGCAGUUCCUGCUGGAGCUCCUGACUGAUAAGAGUUGUCAGGCCAUCAUCAGCUGGACCGGAGACGGCUGGGAGUUCAAACUCACCGACCCAGAUGAGGUGGCUAGACGCUGGGGCCGCAGGAAGAACAAACCCAAGAUGAAUUACGAGAAGCUGAGCCGUGGCCUGCGAUACUAUUACGACAAGAACAUAAUCCACAAGACCUCGGGCAAACGCUACGUCUACCGCUUCGUCUGCGACCUGCAGAACCUUCUGGGCUACUCGGCCGAAGAGCUCCACAUCAUGCUGGGGGUCCAGCCUGACACUGAGGAUUGAAUCAACUGCCGUUUUAUCGAAAAGGAAGGGGUUGGAGAUGGAGUCAAUGGGGCUUCACUACCCCAACCUAGCAAAAGUUGCUAAUGGUACAGGCCACCUGAAGGUCAUUUCUGGUCAUUAAACAGGUGGCACUGAGUGAUGUGCACUGACAGUCGCUACACUCGUGGACAGGCAGCGAACAUCUCUAAUUUGGAGCAGCCGCUCCUGUCUUGGCUCUUGUGCCAUCAAUGUGCAUUGUUGUGCAAGCUUUGGUUGAGAGGGGUGCCAGUAUUUAAAUCAAGCGUUCCCUCUGGGUGAAAGUGUUGUUGUGCAAAUUGUAAUGGAUCAGCUCUGUAUCCAUCUGCAAAGUGGAAAGCUGUCGAUUGCACAGAUGAUAAUUGCGAUCAAUGUAACAUAGCAGAUUUUUUCAUUCAAGCCUGAUACUCAGCAAGUGUGGUGUUUACAGAGUCUGAAUAGUGGACAUUUUAACAUACUGUGAAUGAUCUUGGGGUUACCAAAUGAGAAUGCUUUUGAGGUGGCGGCUCCAGCACCAUAAGGUUAGGCACCACACCCUCAUGAGGUAAUUUUCACAAUCAACUUUUACCAGUUGAAUGUAGACACAUGUAAUCUUUUUUUGUAUUACAAUUAUUCCAAAAUAUUUUAUUAAAAUAUACAAACGAGGCAAUAUCUCAAUAUCUCAUAUUUCCAUAUCGCUCAAAUCCAUUUUUCUGGACACUGGAUAAAGUCAGUUUAAAUAUUUUGGUUUCCUUUUGUUAAGACACUCCAGUACCGGACUUGUCCAGAGCAGGUUGUGGAUAAAUAAUUAAAAAAUAAAAAUUAUAUCUGUAAAAUACUGAAGACAUCCACUUGGAGCAUUUUCCUGAUUUAUUUUUUAUCGAAAAUACAAAAUUGACAACAUAUCAACAAUUCCCUCUGGGCAAGUCUGGAGAAUAUAUCUAAGGAUAACCAAACAAAAUGUGGUAAAUGCAGAUGCUUCUGAAGCUGGCGUGUGGGAAGUGUCUGAUUUAUGGGAAAUGGCAGCUAAAGACAAGUACACUGAAUUUAGACUACCAAAUGCCAAAUGCCUAUUUAGACACAAUCACUAUCUCUUCAGAGUAAGUUACUAGCUAAAUAUAGUCCAGUUUGUAACAUUCUCUAUGAAAUGUGAUUUUAAAUCAUGUGUAAUUUAAUGUAGUGAGCUUUGAAAUGAUUGCUGUAUGUCCAUUUUUGAAAUUCAUUAAAAUGUUGAUGAGAAACUAAAGAAAAUAUACAUUUUCAUAGAAAUUUUUACAUUUUAUGUUUACUUUUUGAAAAUAUUAAAGGACCAAAAUAGCAACAAAUCUCAAAAUUGAUAGGUAGAUGAAAAAUGGUGCCUGGCCUUAAAUAGGAGUUUCGAUGGAGAAUGUAUUCUUGAUUUUAUGGAAUAGCUAAGCUUGCCUUUACUGUUGUGCUUCGUAAUGCAUUGUCCUGCUGACCAGCUUGCAGCUCAACUGGAAUACCAGUCAUUGUGGCUACUGCAUUUUAACUCUAUCGAAAAGGACAAUUGUUAUUUGGGCUCCUGAAUGGAGCAGCGGGUCUAAGGCACUGCAUCUCAGUGCAAGAGGUGUCACUACAGUUGCUGGUUUGAAUCCAGGCUGUAUCACAUUCGGCCGUGAUUGGGAGUCCCAUAGGGUGGCGCACAAUUGGCUCAGCGUCAUCUGGGUUUGGCCGGGGUAGGCCAUCAUUGUAAAUAAGAAUUUGUUCUUAACUGACUUGCCUAGUUAAAUAAAUAAAAAAUAUUCUAUGAAUAUGCAUAUAAGGUUGAAUGUAAUGGUGUAGCAGCUAUCGUAAAUAUGUUUUGUAGCAGGUCUAUCAAGGGAUCUGUUUGUGCCUCGAUUAUUGUUUAUUUCUUUUUCUGGGGCCAACGCGACAUGUACACUGCCUUCAAAGUAUUCACACCCCUUGACUUUUUCCACAUUUUGUUAUUACAGCCUGAAUUUAAAAUAGAUUAAAUUGAGAUUUGUUUGUCACUGGCCUACACCCAAUACCCAAUAUUGUCAAAGUUCAAUGAUUUUUUUUUUCAAAACAUUUACAAAUUAAUAACAAUGUAAAAGCUGAAAUGUCUUGAGUCAAUAAGUAUUCAACCCCUUUGUUAUUACAAGCCUAAAUAAGUUUAGGAUUAAAAAUGUUCUUACAUAAUAAGUUGCAUGGACUCACUCUGUGUGCAAUAAUAGUGUUUAACACAAUUUUUAAAUGACUACCUCUACCUAUUUGUAGAUCGGUAAAAAAGCAGAGCAUGGUGAAGUUAUUAAUUACAUGUUGGAUGGUGUAUCAAUACACCCAGUCACUACAAAGAUACAGGCAUCCUUCCUAACUCAGUUGCCGGAGUAAAAGGAAACUGCUUAGGAAUUUCACAAUGAGGCCAAUGGUGACUUUAAAACAGUUACAGAGUUUAAUGGCUGUGGUAGGAGAAAACUGAGGAUGGAUCAACAACAUUGUAGUUACUCCACAAUACUAACGUAAUUGAAGGAAAAAGAAGAAAGCAUGUACAGAAUACAAAUAUUCCCAAAACAUGCAUCCUGUUUGCAACAAGGCACUGAUGUAAUACUGCAAAAAAUGUGGCAAAGCAAUUAACUUUUUGCCCUGGAUACAGCGUGUUAUAUUUGGGGCAAAUCCAAAACAACACAUUACUGAGUACCACUCUCCAUAUUUUCAAGCAUGGUGGUGGCUGCGUCAUAUUAUGGGUAUGCUUGUAAUCACUGGGGUGUGAAUACUUUCUGAAGGCACUGUAUAUGGUUUAUUCUAAACUAUAUUUGUAUUUUGUUUUUAUAUUUGACAACAUUGGACUUGUACUUGUAUAUUCACUGAAGAUAAUAAGGCAGCCUUUUUCAAGUUGUUGUACUGAUGACGGACACACAAAGAUGGAGUAAAUUUUGGCAUGUGCGCAAUGUUAUUUCUCAAACAAAAGGGUUGUGUAUAUGUUCUCUGAAUAAUUUUUGACCUCUUCUUCUAUUGAUUGAUAUUGUAUAACACAAUGAAAAAUUAAGAUCAAUUUAAGAAUUCUGUUGUUGAAUUAUUAACAAUAUAGAACAUUUUGAACUGACAUGUGAAGCAACAGGGUUAUCGUAAAACAAAAUGUUCUAAUCGAAUUUCGGUCUUGUUACAACAUCUGAGCUCUGAAUAUAUCAUUGGCAGUGCGACAUGCUGUGUGCUGUAACUUAAGCUGUGCAUGUCAUCGGCAGGCCAUAUACCCGUGUAACUUAUUAAUCAUAAUUACUUUACUUAAAUUACAUUGUCAGUCUUUCUGUGGCUUUAUGACAUUUUAAUAAAAGCUGUAUUUUUA